AUGGAACAAUCUGUCACCACUUUGCCCCCUGUCAAGCGAUACAUCGCGACCCACGAUGCCAACGGCAAGAGCGUCUAUCUUGACUCACCUCCACAGCAAUACUUCCCUGUUCCCGGCGUGGGUGGACUUGCCCGUUCCUUUUCCGUGUCGUCGGUUCCGGCCAAACUGGAGAACGACGAGGACGUGAAAGCAUAUCUCGGCAAAGAAGGACCAACCAGCUGGACGAAUCCAAGCAUUGUCACACCAAGCGGUGUGAAUCUCCUCAUCGUGGAUCUGGCGCCUGGAGGAACGAGCGUCAUGCACCGGACCGUGUCCAUUGACUUUUCGGUCUGUAUCAUCGGGGAAAUUGAGCAUGAGCUGGAUGGUGGAGAGAAGGUCUUGUUGAAGCCGGGAGAUCAUAUCGUCCAACGAGGCACCAUGCAUCGAUGGCACAACGCCUCCAAGACUGAGCCAGCGAGAUUUAUAGCCACGACUGUCUCUUGUCUGCCAUUCGACAUUGCCGGCAAACAGCUGGAGGAGGUCCAUCUUCCGCGGGAGCCACAAGAGAAGUUGUGA